AUGCCAGCUGCACGACGCCUUAGGUCGGGUUUUUUGAUCGAAACGAAAUAACUUUCAUUUUUUUGCUUUUUUCUAUCAAUGAGACUUUUUUUUUCGAAAGUUAACAACGCCAGUCGCAUCAUUUUUUUUUCGUUUUAAGUUUCUGCUCAUUUUUGAACGCGCAAAGUCCUGCGUUACCUGAGAAGAAAUGAUAAGCGUUUUUGCUUUUUUAUUCAUAGUGUGUUUAAAUUACACAUUUAAAAUUCCAACCAUUAAGCAAGGCAUUUUCAAAUGUCAUGAAAUCGUAUCAAUAUUGAGGUGAAAUAUCCGCCUUUGAAAAAACUCAAGCUGAAGCAGGUGUCUGUGCACCUCUUGCGGCUCAAAAUAGUUUUUUAAAGCGAAAGACUAAUAAACGAGAUGACUAUUACGUCUAGAAGUUCACACGCCAAAACUCAACUUUGAAAAUUUCCUCGGCCGUCGUGAAAAUUUCCUACCUCUUUUUUUCUGAUACUUUUAGCUUCUAUUAAAAAGCAGGUUUAUAAUUUCGUUUGUAGCAAAAUUGGCUUUCUGAAAACGAGUAAGGGUGGGAAAGAUUAGGCGAAUUUUCCAGGUGCACUUAAUCCAUCGACCACGCACCUUCUCCUUCUGCAAUUAGAAUCCAUUUCCGAUUCCACGAACAUUUCCAGUCGUUCUGGGAGUUUCCCGGCGUUGAGCGUUCACGACGUACCUCGGAAAACAGCAAGAAAAAGUUUAGAAUAAAAAUGAACGGGAAAUGCGGGUGAAGAAUAAGAGAAAUUACCGUAGCCUCACCCACCUUCUAAUUUUCCACAAGUUUUCAAAAUAGAACCUCCAACUGUUCAAAAAUCAUCUCUCUUUCUCUCUAAUUAUUAUUGCUUUAAUCAAUUCAUUCAAGUGUAUGUUAUGUAGAAGGAUGCGUAAUCCCUUAUCGGUACGGCAAAAAGGCGCUCGACAAAUGAGCCACCGCCUGAAGUCUAAUUACAGCCGAGUCGUUAAUUCCAACCACCGGUCGGAUUAAUUUUGUUUUUGCUCAACGUAUAGACUAUUAACGUGCAGGUGUACUCGAAGCUUUUCAUAUAGAUAAUGAAAACUCGAAGAGGAUGUCGUUAGCGAGAGUAGAAGACUUUAAAAUAAUCACUCAAACUUCGUGAGCCGGAUUUUGUGUCCAACAGUAUUUUUUUAAACUUUAAGCUUAAAAAAGAUCCUUUUCAAAACCAAGUGCGAAUUGCAUCAUUUAUUCACCGUUGAGGGAAAACAAAACAAAUCCAACUCAGUCUAAACCCAAAUGACGCAGAAAAAGUCUGUGCCUAAACCUUUUUCAUCAGUUUUUAAUAGGGCCAUUUCAAGUUGCACUUAAAUUUUAUAAAUUCAGAGCUGAUAAACUUAAUUAGAGUUAAGAAAGUUUCUUUUUUUAGCGGACAAAUCGUUUGAAUAAAAUUAAAAAUUAAAAAUUUUUUUACGAAAUCAAGUAAACUUUUUUUCAAAUUUUUUUAUUUUUGAAGAUUGAGAUUCAAAAAAAGAUGACAUUGACGAACACUGUCUUUCAACAAUGUCGAGUAUAUACUUUUGAAUGCUUUUAACAAAUUCAGUCCUUCUUUCGCAGUUCAAUGUAAACUUUCGAACACUUUCCUGAUCAGAUCUGAUCACUAAUUAAUGAAUUAAAGGGUGGUUUGCAGAAGUGGCGCACGGUAUGGUCUCCAUGGCGACGUCGGAAGGAAGCUUCUGCGGCGGCAGUCGGCUGUCGCCCCGCCCCUUCCGCCUUCCGUCGAUAUCCAGCAGGUCGCUUUGGCUUAACACCUCGCCGCCUUCUUAUCAUUGUCUUUAUCUUCUCUUUCUGCUCUUACACCUCACUUUUUGAAUCUAUGUGGCUCCCAAACUCAAACUCCUAGCAAAAAGAAAAACUUUCUAAUUUGUACAAAAAAACCUCGUCGUUUUCAUUUUCUUCGGUACCCAUGAAUAGCUUUCUGUUUCUGAAAUAUCAUCAAAAUCUGAGCAAACCUAGCAAUCAAUCGUUUUUCGCGCAAUCGUACUGUUUAUCAAUCUUGCGUGCGACCCCAAUAACGACAGAUAUGAGAAGAUGGUUUCACAGUUGUCACUUACUCUCUUGAUUUUUCACUUCUAGAUUGACUCCUGAUUUUUGAAAUUGCGACCUUUCAGAUGGACCACAAGCGACGUCGUUCUUUUGAAGACUUUGCGAGUCUAGAUUCUCUCGUUGCCGACAUGACGACGAAAGUCAACCAAAUGGCCCAAAUUCUACGCGAAGCUGGAAGGUAACGCCUUCUGAAUCUUUUCCAAAAUAGCAAUGAAGCCGUUCAGGAUUGCGGAGACGUCGCGUUCGCCUCCUUCGACGUCUUCCAUCGAUCAGGCGAUUCUCCUUUCGCCUGUCUUCGACUCAAUCGAGCCUCACAUGAUUGGAAUGCUCGAUGACGUCGCUCAGGGGCUCAGAGUGGGUGAUUUUGGAAUUUGAAAAAAUAGCAGAAAAAAAGCUGCGUCGGAAUUUUUCAACAUACUUAAUAAAAAAAUCGUUCAUAAGAAAAAAGGCGUUUCCAGUAUUUUUUCAGAAAAAAAUUUUUUUAAAAAGAGUCGAUCUGUUUUCAAAAUUUUGCCCACUAUAAUUAACGGGAAAAAUUUUUUAAGAAGUAGAAAAAUGUUUUAAAGUCAGUUGAGAAGAGAAUAAGCUUUCGCUCCGAAACCAGAAGGAUUGCAGUUAUUCCGGCCUUCUCCGACACCACCGACAAGGUUGCUGCGAGCGACAGCCGCCGCGAUCCACAGCCAGCACGGCGACGCUUCUUUGCUCCGCAAGCUCCAGGGUUUCUCCGAGAACUGCUCGCUCACUUGGCAGGACUGCCGCGCCAUGCACAUCUUCGCCUGCUCCGACAAGUUCGUCUUUUUCGCUUCUCCAGCUUUUGUUCACAAACCUGUGCUACGGAAAGAAGCGCUGUGUCAAUGAGCCUUUGUCUUCUGUUCCAAUAGAAUGAGUGCGCGAAAAACAAAAGAUUUCGCUCUUUGAGAGGGCGUCAAACAAUCAAGGUUAGAUGGAAGAUUUGGACUGAAUAAGUAGAUCAACUUCGUUGAAAAAGAUGUAUUUGAAAUAAAGUUUUGAGACAAGAGCCUUUUUUUUAUUAUACGCAGACUUUUCUGCAUCAUUUAGGUUUAAGCUUUAAAAUGAUCCGAGGAAAACGGGCGCAAUAAUAAUCUUUUAUCUCUCUAUUAUUUUUUAUCGAAUUUUUUUUCAGUUCACGUAAGAUUUAGGCAUUCAGCGUUUUUUCAAAACUCUUUAGAAAGAAAUUUUAAAGGGCUGUGUUGAAGAGCGCCAGAAUCCUUAUUGAUGAAGAUCUUUCAAAAAGAAAAAAAAAACAAUCAGUUUUUUCUGCGUUUUUUGAAAAGAAAGGUUUUUUGCAGGGAUGUCAUUUCCUACAUGCGAAUUCUUUCCAACGAAACGCCGGAAAAUCAUCCGAGGUUUCCGGAAGGAGCACAUAUCGGUUUGUCAUUCUUAAAUUCCGCUUACUUUAGUUUGAGUGUUUUCAAAUUUUUCCAGCUUACCUUUAAAGCUACAACGCGUUCGAGAAAAAUUUUGUUUUAUUGAAUUUUAUUUAUUUUUUAUUAUCUCGACUAAGCGCUCAGUUUUUGGAAAACCUCACCAACAAAACUAGGUGACGCGUGGGUCUUCAUACUAUCCUCAAACAAGUGUUCGAACAAGUUCAUAGAAAGUCCAUAACGCGAAAUUAAAUGAACUCUCUCGUGAGGCGAAUUCCGCUGAUCUGAUUCUGACUAUUAACUUUCCAGGUAAUACUUACUUGUACUGUAGCGGGUCAACGGCUUACUUCUUCUCGAACAAUUUUCUAGCGGUCGCUCCACAGUUACCGCAUUCUUCAACCGAUUUGGUUGGUUUUGAAGUCGUUUCUCAAUGUUCCGAAAGACUUUCUUUGAACAAUUGUUCGAUUCAGGGCCGCGCCAUGGAAGUUUCCGACACCGAGGACGAGUUAGAAGCCGAAGAAAGCCAAUAG